AUGAAUAGUCUACUUCUUCUGGUGCUGAUUUCAAUCUGCUGGGCCGAUCAUCAUUCAGACAACUAUACUGUAGAUCAUGACAGAGUUAUUCACAUCCAAGCAGAAAAUGGCCCCCGUCUACUCGUGGAAGCAGAACAAGCCAAGGUGUUCUCACACAGAGGUGGCAAUAUUACACUGCCAUGUAAAUUUUACCGAGACCCUACAGCACUUGGCUCAGGAACCCACAAAAUCCGAAUUAAGUGGACCAAGCUAACUUCAGAUUACCUCAAGGAAGUGGAUGUUUUUGUUUCCAUGGGAUACCACAAGAAAACCUAUGGAGGCUACCAGGGUAGAGUGUUUCUGAAAGGAGGCAGUGAUAAUGAUGCUUCUCUGGUGAUCACAGACCUGACCCUGGAGGAUUAUGGGAGAUACAAGUGCGAGGUGAUUGAAGGAUUAGAAGAUGAUACUGCUGUGGUAGCAUUAGAUUUACAAGGUGUGGUAUUUCCUUAUUUUCCACGACUGGGGCGCUACAAUCUCAAUUUUCACGAGGCACAGCAGGCUUGUCUGGACCAGGACGCUGUGAUCGCCUCCUUUGACCAGCUGUACGAUGCCUGGAGGGGUGGGCUGGACUGGUGCAAUGCUGGCUGGCUCAGUGAUGGGUCUGUACAGUAUCCCAUCACAAAACCCAGAGAACCCUGCGGAGGCCAGAACACAGUGCCCGGAGUCAGGAACUAUGGGUUUUGGGACAAAGAUAAAAGCAGAUAUGACGUCUUCUGUUUUACAUCCAACUUCAAUGGCCGAUUUUACUACCUGAUCCACCCCACCAAGCUGACCUACGACGAAGCGGUGCAAGCCUGUCUCAAUGAUGGUGCUCAGAUUGCUAAAGUGGGCCAGAUAUUCGCUGCCUGGAAACUUCUGGGAUAUGACCGUUGCGAUGCAGGCUGGAUGGCGGACGGCAGUGUCCGCUACCCCAUCUCUAGGCCAAGAAGGCGCUGCAGUCCUAUUGAGGCUGCAGUGCGCUUCGUGGGUUUCCCAGAUAAAAAGCAUAAGCUGUAUGGUGUCUACUGCUUCAGAGCAUACAACUGA